AGAACAUGGCUCCGGCUGUCAACAUUUUGAGCCCAGUGUUUCUGUCAGCACUCUUGAUGCUGGUUGGUGUUGGAGGGGCAGCAGCAUCUGACCUGCAUGUCUAUGGGAAAUCAAUCCACAGUGAUAAAACUUUGCUGAGUAUCAAUGAUGGACGACACACUGUGAACAAACAACCACACCAUCAGACAAGAAGGGAAAUCCGCAGGAGUUUGGAUCUUAAGAGCCUCAAUGCACAUGUGACCCCCACCACCAGCAAAAUCAGCCUCCCGAAUUUCAUCAAGCUCCACCCGCUCCCUGCCAACCCCGUCCUCCUGCAUGCCAACAUGCCCAUGCGCUUCGGAAGAGAGAGUAUUCCUGAUAAUGACAAGGACCCAAAAUUGACCCCCAACAUGCCCCAGAGGUUCGGGAGGUCCUGGGAGCUGAUUCGAAUGUGUGCGGAGUGCCCUGAUGGCCGAGCAGCACUGAACCCAGUGUUGCCUCAGAGAUUUGGGAGAAGCGGCCCAUACUGGAGCCUUCUUAGGACUCUGGCCAACGUACCAUUAGUAAAGAAUGGCCUCCACAGGCCUGACGUUUUUGACUUUCCAGCCAGCUCAGAAGAGAUGGAGAUACAGGAAAAGACUGUUGAAGGAUGAAAGAAGAUGAGAGAGGCCAACGGCGAGGUCUGCAUGUAAAUGUCAGCAAAUAGUGUUUUUACUGUGAAGACGAGUGUUAAACUGUCAAAAUGUUCAAG